AUGAAUCACUUCAUAGAUGUGAGAGUAGGACUUUCUACAGGUACACUAAGGUACACCUGUACAGAUACCACAGCUUGUGUCUUUCCCUUUAUUUUUGAUGGGAAACGCUACUUGUCAUGCACCAUGGACGGAACUAUCGAUGAGAAACUGUGGUGUGCCACAACUGACAAUUUUGAUAAGGAUAGCAAGUGGAAACACUGUUCUGUUCAAGAAUAUGGAGGCAACUCUGAUGGCAAGCCCUGUAUUUUUCCUUUCGUGUACAAGAACCGGAUAUUCUACACCUGCACAGACGAGGACCGAGAAAAUGGAAGAUUCUGGUGUUCUACCACAAGCAACUUUGAUCUAGAAUCUCAGUGGAGCUACUGUGCUGACACCAGACUAGAUGCAAAUCCCAAGGGGCCUUGUGUCUUUCCAUUCCUCUACAAUGGCACUUUCUACUCCUCAUGCACAACUGAUGGGAUUUCCAACAAGAAGCUUUGGUGCUCUCUCACCGAUAACUAUGAUGUAGGCUUGAAGUGGACAUACUGUGAGCCCUCAGGGCCUGAUGAGAGUCUGGAAAGUACACCUUGUGUCUUCCCAUUCAUUUACAAGGGCAAGUCUUAUCAGAGCUGCACCACAGAUGGAUGGAGUGAUGGGACAUUCUGGUGUGCCACUACUAGUAAUUAUGAUGCUGACAAGAAGUGGAAGUUUUGUGAAGUCUCAGGGCCAGAUCCAGAUGUAGAAAGUCCACCUUGCUCCUUCCCUUUCAUCUACAAGGGCAAGUCCUAUGACACGUGUACCACUGAGGGCAUGAGUGAUGGGAAACUCUGGUGUGCCACCACCAGUACUUACGACGUGGAUAAGAAAUGGGUUUAUUGUAAUGCCACAGGUCCAGAUAAAAGCCAGGAAGGUCCUUCUUGUGUCUUCCCCUUCAUCUACAAUGGCCUGAACUACAGCAGCUGCAUGGAUGAUGGACAGAUAGAUGGGAAGCUCUGGUGUUCCACCACCUCCAACUACGAUAUAGACAAGCAAUGGACUUUUUGCACUGUCACAAAAACUGGCUGUGUCUUUCCUUUCAUCUACAAGGAGAAAUCUUACCAAAGCUGCAUCCCAGUGGACCGCACUGAUGGGAAAGCAUGGUGUUCCACUACUCCAAACUACGCCACCAGUUUCAAGUGGAGAUUAUGCAAUGAAUCAGACUGUGCCUUCCCCUUUGUCUUCCGUGGCAAGACUUACCACAGCUGCACCACAUCUGGGCGCAUAGAUGGGAAGUUCUGGUGUCCCCUUACCAGCAACCCUGAGACAGACAGGAUGUGGCUUCUUUGUGAUGACUUGGGUAUUGCCCCAAAAGUUGACUAAGCAACCUGUCGGCUGUCUUGAAAUCCUUGGACAUCCCUGAUUCCAGCCAGUCUGAAUUAUUUGUGGGAGAUGGCAGAGCAAUCUGGAUGAAGCAAACAUGAAUUGAAUGCAGCCAAACUUUCUGUCUUGUUCUGAUUUCUAUAAGUUUCACAGACUGGAUAAAAAGCUUCCCUGAGGCCAUAACUCCACAGUGCACUGUGAGUUUUGUGUGUAGAGCAUCCAGCGU